AUGGCACACCCACGAUCGCUACUAGCUCCUCUGAGCAGACUCACUAUAUCAUCCAUUGUCGCCUCGAGAUCAGAAGUCCCGCGCUUCGCUUCAAUACCGCAUCAGACGAUACGAUGCGCAACCACAAAAGCCCAACCCAAGAAAAAGAAGAAGGCGCGGAACACGUUCUUGCAACAUGACUUGAAGAAGGCAGAGAAAUUCUCGCUUAUAGAUGCAAUGCAAUAUAUCCGCGCCUUUGAAGUAGGCCGCAACCCGUCUUCCUCCAAAUACGAACUACAUGUACGCCUACGCACACUCAAAAACGGACCCGUCAUACGAAACCGAUUACGACUCCCGCACCCUGUCAAGACUGAUAUACGAAUCUGUGCCAUCGCCGCCCCCGACUCGAAACCCGCUGCUGAAGCACGAGCAGCUGGUGCUACGCUUGUAGGCGAGGACGAGGUUUUCAACCAGAUUAAAGAGGGGAAGAUCGAUUUCGAGCGGUGCAUCUGCCACAUUGAUAGUCUGCAGAAGAUGAACAAGGCGGGGUUGGGAAGGCUGCUAGGUCCCAAAGGCUUGAUGCCGAGCACAAAAGCAGGAACGGUCGUUACGAACGUGGGCGUCACUGUCCGAAAUAUGACUGGUGGUAGCGAGUACAGAGAACGUCUGGGUGUGAUUCGUAUGGCAGUUGGACAACUGGGAUUCACGCCAGAAGAGAUGCAGAACAAUAUCAAGGGAUUCAUGGAUGCGAUAAAGAAGGAAAUGGCGCAAAUGAGCGAUCGUAUCACCAAGGAGAUUCACGAGGUGGUGCUUAGCUCGACGAACGCACCCGGUUUCACAUUGAGCGGGGACUUUAAAGGACCGGACUCCAUAUCACCAAAGGAGUUGAGUGGGCCUUUGUAA